UUCUCUCUUUCACUCCAAUCUACCCGGCAAGCGGAGGGAGUCCAGGGAGGGCUGCUGCGCUCUCUUUUGGAGAAUCCCUCCCGCCCCCCUUAUAUAACCCAGCAGGAAGGUUAUACAACUGGCCUCACCCACACCUCCCCGCCAACCCCAAGCCAUUCAUAAAAUAUGAACCACGCCCCCAAGUUCUAGUUCCACCCCUUCCUUACGCACGCCUUUCCUCACCAGCUGUUGUGAUGUUUUCCUUCUUGGGAAGUAAUGGAGGAAGACCUUGAGCAGUCGACCCAAGGCUGGCUAGGGGGCUGGCUGCCUGCCUGGCGUCCCACCUCCAUGUCCCACCUCAAGAACGUGGAAGCUCGGAUCCUGCAGUGCCUCCAGAACCGAUUUGUGGCCCGAUACAUCUCCCUCCCAAACCAUGCCAAGAUCUGGACCGUAUCACUGUCUCUGGAACGGGGCAAGGGGCGUACGCCCCUGGUGAUGGUGCAUGGCUUUGGUGGGGGCAUCGGACUCUGGAUCCUCAACCUAGACUCGCUGAGCCAACGUCGCCCUCUCCACGCCUUCGACCUCCUGGGGUUUGGCCGCAGUUCCCGGCCCCCCUUUCCCCGGGAUGCCCAGGGGGCCGAAGAGGAGUUUGUGAACUCCAUUGAGGCCUGGCGUCGGGAGAUGGGCAUCCCCAGCAUGAUCCUGCUUGGCCAUAGUCUUGGUGGCUUCCUGGCAGCCUCCUACAGCUUGCAGUAUCCAGAGAGGGUGAAACAUCUGAUCCUCGUGGACCCCUGGGGCUUCCCCAUGCGUCCAUCUGACCCGGCUCAGAUCCGUGCCCCUCCAACCUGGGUCAAGGCUGUGGCGACGGUGCUGGGACGGUCCAAUCCUCUGGCUGUGCUUCGAGCUGCUGGGCCCUGGGGGCCUGGGUUAGUGCAGCGCUUCCGUCCAGACUUCAAGCAGAAGUUUGCCGAUUUCUUUGAUGACGAUACCAUCUCGGAGUACAUCUACCACUGCAAUGCCCAGACACCCAGUGGCGAGGCUGGGUUCAAGGCCAUGUCGGAGGCGUUUGGUUGGGCCCGGCGCCCCAUGUUGGAACGCAUCCACCUGGUGCGUCGCGACUUGCCGAUCACUCUCAUCUACGGUGCCAAUUCCUGGAUUGAUACCAGCACCGGGGAGAAGGUCAAGAGCCUGCGGCCGGGGAGCUACGUCUGCGACAUGGCUAUUCCGGGUGCCUCCCACCACGUCUAUGCCGACCAACCCCAUGCCUUCAACGCUGCUGUGGCAGAGAUCUGCGACUCUGUUGACUGACCGCCCGUGACCCAGAAGAGCUGGUGCGACGCACACAAGACACAACGCACACGCAAGACAUCGCUUGUGCGCCCCGAGAAGCGGGGACGCCAGCUCCUCAAGAUGGCCGCAAGCUGGUCUUGGAGGAUACCUGCCCCCCUCCCCUCCUUCCCAGAUUUGUCCCUGAAUCUUGAUUCUAACUUAAAGGUUGCAGGCCGCCUGCUUUGGGUUAAUCGAAGCUCCAUUCAUUUUAUUUUCCCCUAAUUUCAUGUGCCUCCUGGUGUGCUUUAUCCUGCCUCCCUCCUCCAAGACAUUCUUCUUUCUGUGCUGCAACAGGACUGUCCUCCUCUGCUACCUCACCCACCUUUCCGAACCCCUUGGCUGUUGGUUCUUCACAUCCUUUUUUUUUUUUUGCAACGCCAUCCACAAUAUUUGCAUGCUGGAAAGCUUUUUUU